GCUGAGGCUCAUUCGCCAUUUUAUGGCUCGAGAGUCGCUUUGUUGAAGUCGAACCAGCGCUUCAUGAUUGUGAAUUUGAAGGAAAUUUAGAGCUAGGCUGAUUGCGAGAAGUUAUAUCGGCAAGGACGGUAAAUAGCAUAGGAACUAGCCAACUGUUGAAAAUAGUAACAUUCUUCUUGACUAGCUAGCGUUGACUCUGUGGUUAGCAUAGCUAGGCUAACAGCUUUAGCAAGCAACGGCUCAAGAAACUUCGAUCAAUCGACGAAUAAAAUUCUCUUAAUUUGAUAUUAUCAAAUUACAACACUGACGACCACCGUGCAAGACUCGAAGACCGAGGAGAUGGCGAGCUCCGUGGGAAAUGUGGCUGACAGCACAGAACCGACAAAACAACGUAUGCUUUCCUUCCAAGGGUUGGCUGAGCUGGCGCACAGGGAGUACCAGUCGGGUGACUUUGAGGCUGCCGAGCGCCACUGUAUGCAGCUGUGGAGGCAGGAGCCCGACAACACGGGCGUGCUACUGCUGCUCUCCUCCAUCCACUUCCAGUGUCGCAGGCUCGACAGGUCUGCCCACUUCAGCACCUUGGCCAUCAAGCAGAACCCGAUGCUUGCUGAGGCCUACUCCAACCUGGGCAACGUGUACAAGGAGCGCGGCCAGUUGCAGGAGGCUAUAGAGCACUACCGCCACGCCCUGCGGCUGAAACCAGACUUCAUCGACGGGUACAUCAACCUGGCAGCAGCCCUGGUGGCAGCGGGGGACAUGGAGGGAGCCGUCCAGGCCUACGUCUCAGCCCUACAGUACAACCCUGAUCUGUACUGUGUCCGCAGCGACCUGGGGAACUUGCUCAAAGCCCUCGGGCGUUUGGAAGAGGCUAAGGCGUGUUACCUGAAGGCUAUUGAGACUCAGCCCAACUUUGCGGUGGCUUGGAGCAACCUGGGUUGUGUGUUCAACGCCCAGGGAGAGAUAUGGUUGGCCAUACACCACUUUGAGAAGGCUGUGACUCUGGAUCCCAACUUCYUGGAUGCCUACAUCAACUUGGGCAACGUUCUGAAAGAGGCUCGCAUCUUUGACAGAGCGGUGGCUGGCUACCUGCGUGCCCUCAGCCUGAGCCCCAACCACGCCGUCGUCCACGGCAACCUGGCGUGCGUCUACUACGAGCAGGGUCUUAUCGACCUGGCCAUCGACACGUACCGCCGCGCCAUCGAGCUGCAGCCCCACUUCCCUGACGCCUACUGUAACCUGGCCAACGCCCUCAAGGAGAAGGGCAAUGUAUCAGAGGCUGAGGAGUGUUACAACACGGCCCUGCGUCUGUGUCCCACCCACGCAGACUCUCUCAACAACCUGGCCAACAUCAAGAGGGAGCAGGGCAACAUCGAGGACGCCGUCCAGCUCUACAGGAAAGCCCUGGAGGUGUUUCCAGAGUUUGCAGCGGCCCACUCUAACCUGGCCAGCGUUCUGCAGCAGCAGGGGAAACUCCAGGAGGCCCUCAUGCACUACAAAGAGGCCAUCAGAAUCAGCCCUACGUUUGCUGAUGCCUACUCCAACAUGGGCAACACUCUGAAGGAGAUGCAGGAUGUCCAGGGGGCUCUACAGUGUUACACCAGAGCCAUCCAGAUCAACCCUGCCUUCGCUGACGCUCACUCUAACCUGGCCUCCAUACACAAGGACUCUGGUAACAUCCCAGAAGCCAUUGCGUCCUACCGUACUGCCCUGAAACUGAAGCCUGACUUCCCUGAUGCCUACUGCAACCUGGCACACUGCCUGCAGAUUGUGUGUGACUGGACAGACUAUGAUGAGCGUAUGAAGAAGCUGGUGAGCAUCGUGGCUGACCAGUUGGAUAAGAACCGGCUGCCCUCGGUGCACCCCCACCACAGCAUGCUGUACCCCCUYUCUCACGGCUUCCGCAAGGCCAUCGCUGAGAGGCACGGCAACCUCUGUCUGGACAAGAUCAAUGCGCGCCACAAGCCGGCCUUUGAAUACCCAAGGACCUGAAGGCCAGAGCGGGGUCGUCUGAGGGUGGGAUAUGUCAGCUCGGACUUCGGGAACCACCCCACCUCCCACCUCAUGCAGUCCAUCCCCGGCAUGCACAGCUCUGAGAGAUGUUCUCUCCGUGUAACGGUAGGCGCAGACGAAUCCAUCAGGAUGACUCACAUCCUGGUCAAUAUGAACGGCUAUACCAAAGGAGCCCGCAACGAGCUGUUUGCCCUGCGCCCCGCUCCCAUCCAGUGUAUGUGGCUGGGCUACCCGGGGACCAGCGGAGCUCCCUUCAUGGACUACAUUGUGUCAGACAAGGAGACGUCCCCCUUCGAGGUGGCAGAGCAGUACUCUGAGAAACUAGCCUACAUGCCACACACCUUCUUCAUUGGAGACCACGCUAACAUGUUCCCCCACCUCAAGAAAAAGGCGGUGAUUGACUUCAAGUCAAACGGCCACAUCUUUGACAACCGCAUCGUUCUGAAUGGCAUCGACCUCAAGGCCUUCCUGGACAGCCUGCCUGACGUUAAGGUGGUCAAGGUGAGACAGCAGGCUGUCCAGGAAGGGUUAGGGCUAUUCACAUGUCCCUGUGUUCCCAACAGUGUUCUGUGGUUGCUGCGUUUCCCUGCGGUGGGCGAGCCCAACAUCCAGCAGUACGCCCAGAACUUCGGCCUGCCCGGCUCCCGCAUCAUUUUCUCUCCCGUGGCGCCCAAGGAGGAGCACGUGAGACGGGGCCAGCUAGCUGACGUGUGUCUGGACACGCCACUCUGUAACGGACACACCACCGGCAUGGACGUCCUCUGGGCCGGGACACCUAUGGUUACCAUGCCAGGUGAGACCCUGGCGUCACGCGUGGCAGCCUCUCAGCUACAGUGUCUGGGCUGUCCUGAGCUCAUCGCCCACACCAGACAGGAAUAUGAGGAAGUGGCUGUCAAACUGGGCUGCGACAUGGAAUAUCUGAAGAUGAUCCGGUCCCGUGUGUGGAAGCAGCGUAUCUGCAGCCCUCUGUUCAACACCAAGCAGUACACUAUGGAUCUGGAGAAGCUCUACCUGCAGAUGUGGGAGCGUCACGCCAGCGGAGGCAAGCCAGACCACCUGGUCAAACUGCAGCCCGUCGAGAGCAGUGAGAGCGCCUGAAAUCCCAGACCCAGGGUGCGUCCCAAAUGGCACCCUAUUCUCUAUAUAGUACACUGCCUAUGACCGAGGCCCGAGAAAAAGGUAGUGCACUACAAAAAGGAACAUGGUGCUAUAUGGGACGCUACCCCCCCCGAACCAGACGUCCCAUCGAUCGAUGCGCGUCACCCCACCCUGACCUCGAACCCCCAGACCUCUUAACUCCAGUCCCUCCAGAGCAGCAGAAGCAUCUUGGCUUGAACUCUGACCCCCAUUCGCCCCUAACCCACCACUCUGCCCCUCCUGCCCAAAGCCUAGCGCCUAUCUGCUCCCCUUUAGCCCCCUUCAUCCCUUCCCUCCCCUGUGACUUGGACUCUUGUCUGUUGUAGAGCCUGCAGGUGUAUCUCCCUCUACCCCCUCCCUGCCAUUCACCUCCUCCCUCGUCAUCAUAUCCCAUCCAUGUCUGUUUCCCUGAGCCAGACUGAGCCAGAACCACUCUGCCCUUCACCUGAGACUCUUCCCCCAAACCACAGCAUCCACGCUGGGUACGAGAGGAGGAACACCCCCUCUCCACCCCUCCCUCCCUCCAUACAGCACCUAGAAGAGACUCCCCUUGGCUUUUUCACUUCCCUUCUUCUGUGUGUGUAUAUGGAACUCGUUAGGGGUUUGAGAGUCAGUCCCAAGCCUCCAUGUAAUAAGAGUACGAAGGGACUGUGUUGCACCGCAGUCUGAAGAUCUAGUCACUCGUCUUGAACUAAAAACAUUGAAUCAGCUUAAACAUUGUCUUUAGUUUGCAGCUGCUCUUGGUUUUUCUCAUCUUAUGCUAUUGGUAACUCUGCCAGGAUAUGAGUACAUAUGAGUAGUUUCAUUAUCAGAUUUCAGAGAGAAAGAUCAUAACCACUUCCUUCCCCCACCACCAAAUGCCAACUUUUAAGGAUUUUGUCAUGUGUCAAUGUAAGAAAACAAAAAAAUUAUCUUGACGGCUUUGUCCUCUUGUUCGAUGUCACGCACUACGCUUGUUAAGACCAAACCGUAUGGAUAAACUGAACAGAGAGGAGUUUGUCAGUACGACCCCAUUGGAAUGGCCCUGUAUUUCUUUCACCCUUAGUUAUGCUGCUCCUCUCCCCCACGCAAUGAUUGAUUUGUAUCACUCAAACCAGGAAUGGCCAUGGUAAGUAUUUUCUGAGCAGUUUUAGUUCUGUACUCUUGUCUAUGUUUUAUUGAAGCUCUGUCUGGUAUGCUGCAAGGCUCUGACUCCAUUUCUGUUGAAAUAAAGAAAUAAGGCCAACCUCUUG